AUGUCUUCACUCAAUCCUGUGUUUUCCACAGGGCGUGGUGGUGCAGGUAAUAUGAUCAACAUCUCCACUGCACGGGAGGCUGAAAACGAGAUCGUCCUUUCUGAGGAGCAGAAUGAACGACAGCAACGCAGCAGUUAUAAAGCAGACAAGGAGGGAAACUAUACAGUUUCUUCCGGACGAGGAGGAGCUGGAAAUAUUACAAAGGUGAAAAACCUUCCCUCGCCUAAAUUCGAGCCCAAGAAAAGCAGAGAUGAGAAGAAGGAAGACGAUGAUGACGACACAGAUCAGUUAAGACCUGUAUAUUCGAUUGGCCGUGGAGGUGCUGGAAAUAUGGUGCGAAAUACCAAGGCUAACAAUAGAUCUCCCAAUCUGCAAUCUACAACUAUUAACGAGGACAUUGAUAAUGGCAUUUCUCCAGUUCAUUCGGGAGCCUCUGACAGAGGACUAAUGGAUACUCUUACUGAGAAUCAGAAUUCAAAUCGCGGCCACAAGUUAAUUAAGAAGCUCAGAAAGGUAUUUGGGAAUUAA